GUUUGUUGUUCCCAGACGAGGGCUCGCGAGUCGAUCAGACGCUGGGCUCCCUGUGAGUGCUGAAUCGACCUCUUCGGGACGACAUUGAAGCUCGAUCCGUCCUCGAGGCUACUAACAAGACAGCGUCCGGCGGAAGUGGUACACCACGCGAUCGGUCAGGUCACGCCAGGGAUACAAUCAAUGGCUUCCGAUCCGCUUACCCAGGACUUUCAGAUCAUAUCGUCUCUGCGCUAUGAUCCUGCGCUCCGUGAUCUAAGCACUAAAAACGCUGCAGCCUCGGGUUCUCACCCUUCCAGCCCCCCGUACUACCUGCUUCCCUAUCACCAAGCACGACUACGUAACGCUGCAAGAUGCUUCGGCUGGGAAAAGGCCUUGAUGUUUCUGCAACAAGACCCGACCGAACUUUCUCGGUUUCUUGACAAUUUUGUCUCGGAUAAGACGAGACCUUGGCGGCUUCGGAUUGUGAUUGACCGCACGGGAGCUUGCAGUGUUGAGGUCAACCCGACAACAUCGAUCGACCCAUCGAAUUUGCUUGUUCCCGAUCAAGCACAUACACAAUCGAAUCUAUGGAAUGUCUAUAUUGACAGGGAACGUUUGACUCCCUCGGCAUUCACGACCCAUAAGACCACCGCCCGCGAUCUCUACAAUGCUGCACGGAUCAGGGCGGGGAUCAUGUCCCCGUUAGAUCAGGCCGAGGUGUUGCUUGUGAACCCUGGGGGUCAUAUUAUGGAAGGGAGCAUCACCACACCCUACUUCCGUCGCAGGCGAUCUACAAUUGAGGAUGGUGGUCUAGAAAGUGAUCCUGAUUCUGACUGGGUCACGCCUCCCCUCUCGAGUGGUGGUAACGCGGGCACAACCAGACAAUAUGCUCUGGAUGAGGGAUUUUGUACCGAGCAGAUCGUCAAUGCCGCGGACUUGAUUGACGGCGAAGAGUGUUGGCUCAGCAAUGGUGUCAGGGGCUUCAUCCGCGGUAGGAUUGUCCUGAAUAGUCCCAGUGGACACCGGUCCUAGUAUCACAGGGCGAUAGACGGUGUAUGGGGCUUAAGCGACGGUUUGUACAUGAUAUAAAACAUAUGUACAUUGUAUAACAUCUAAGAAACUCCAGAUAUGCUUCCAUUUUGCUAAUCUGU